AAAUGGAGAGGCGGCCCAAAGGAGGCGCGGUCUCCUAAACUCAUGGCGGCUCUUGUACGAGCAGCGGUUUUGCGGUCGCAGUAUCGCCAGCUCUGGCGUCUGCUCCCUCGCGGCCGAGGGCUCAGGGAUGUGGCGGAGACGCUGAGACCAGAGGAGAGGUGCUGCUGCCUGGGGAGCCGAGCCUUCAGCGCUGGGCCGCCACCGCCGGGGGCGGGACCGGAGCCCAGGGGCGGUCAAGCCGGGUCUCACCGCCCGAAGCCUGGGCCUGUUUCUUGGAAGUCUUUAGCACUCACUUUUGCCAUUGGAGGAUCUUUAUUGGCUGGAAUGAAGUACUUCAAGAAAGAAAAGAUAGAAAAGCUGGAGAAACAACGGCAUCGAAGCAUUGGGAAACCUUUACUAGGGGGACCAUUUUCCCUCACAACUCACAACGGAGAGCACAAAACCAACAAGGACUACCUGGGUCAAUGGGUAUUGAUUUAUUUUGGCUUCACUCAUUGCCCUGAUAUCUGUCCAGAAGAACUAGAAAAAAUGAUUGAGGUCGUGGAAGAAAUAGAUAGUAUUCCAUCCCUGCCAAAUUUAACUCCACUUUUCAUCACCAUUGACCCAGAAAGGGACACAAAAGAAGCCAUCGCGACGUAUGUGAAAGAAUUUUCUCCCAAAUUGGUUGGUUUGACUGGCACAAAAGAAGAGAUUGAUGGAGUGGCCAGAGCAUACAGGGUGUACUACAGCCCUGGCCCUAAGGAUGAGGAUGAGGACUACAUAGUGGAUCAUACAAUAAUAAUGUACUUGAUUGGACCAGAUGGAGAAUUUCUUGAUUAUUUUGGACAAAACAAGAAGAAGGCAGAAAUAGCUGGCUCAAUUGCUGCACACAUGAGAUCACACAUGAAGAAGAGGUAGCCAGAGUGCAUCACUAGAUGCAGGAUUGGCUUGCUGAAGAGGAAGCUCCCAGAGGAACCUCUAGUACAUCGUGGACUUCGUACCCUGAGGACAUCAUUCUUCAUGAGAAGUUACCCUGGGGCUCAGCCAACCCAGCCUGCCACAAAGCUACAAUGAGUCUAAAGGGCCAGAGUAGGCAGAGCCAGUGGAGAACAGGCAUCCAGAACCAUCAGAGAGGCACACAAAUGCACAUCUGUAGGAAUGGCACUCUUGGAGUAGUGUUGCUGCCUCGACAGUGUCUGCUUACUCAGGCAUCUGGGGCCAAAUUCUACAGGAAAGAGUGUCACUCCCGUAAUGCUCUUGUUGUUUUAGCUUGUGUACCCAGCAUAGGCGUUCAAGUCAUCUUUAUACUUGAGAGUAGAAGCUCAGUUUCUUUGAAAAGGAAAGUUACCGUCAGGUCUGCAUCUCAUUCCUACAGCAGGUGCUACUUUGAUGGCUGAAGAAGAAAACUGUUGGUUCAGUCCCCACCUUUUUAUUUUUUUAAUAGCUAAGUGAUUUGGCUGGUUUUCAGUGGUAGACCAAAUGGAAAUGAGAAUAUUUAUCAUGACUAUGAUCUGGUAUUUUUAUGUACCAGAUUACACAAUGUAUGAAAUAAAAGAUGUGGUCAGUCUAACAACUUGGACAAGCAUGGCUUUGCUUCUGUGAAGAAUGAGUGCCUAGCACACCACUGUAGGGGCAGAGGCCACAGACUGCAGUGGGUGGAGAGAUAAGUGCUUGUUAAAAUGCAGACUCACAGGCCAGAAACUGGCCUCUCUUGAGUAAGAAUGGAAUGCAGAGACAUGAGUUUCCAGGGGGCAGGUGACUGUUAUCCCAUGACCGGAGUCCACACCUGGAUCAUCUGUUCCAUGGAGAAGUAACGAGCAUAACCAUCUCUUAGAGGUGUCAGCAGCUAUUCCAGGGAAUGUUGUCCAGCUGGGUGUGG